CCCUCCCUCCCCCGCGGCCCUAGUGCCCGCCCGCCGGACCCCGCCGUCGCCCAGUCCAGGUUUUACAUCUGCACCAGAACCAAGGUCGAGAACCAUGGCAUCCAUCCCAUCCAGCGGCUCGCUCAUGGCGACGCACAACUACUACAGAAGGCGCCUGAGCUCCACAUCCAGCAAUAGCUCCUGCAGCAGCUCGGAGUACUCUGGGGAAGUCAUCCCCCACCCCCCGGGUCUGCCCAAGUCCGACCCCGGCCACUGGUGGGCCAGCUUCUUCUUCGGGAAGACGACUCACCCGGCCAUGACGACCGUGUCCGAGUCCCCGGAGAGCUUGGGAACGCUGCGGGUGACGACAGGACCGAUGGCCUGUGGCUUGGUGCCGGCCCCAGGAGCGGGACGGAGGCGCCACGCCAGCGAGCCCAGCUCCGGGCCCUCGGCAUGAGCGGGUCGACGGCUGCUCCCCACGCCGGCGGGCACAGUCCCUUCCCCCCCGUAGAGUAGGCAGGCUGCUCCCAGGCAAAGGUGCUGCGUUGUAAUACAAAACUGCAGCAAACCCCCGAUGAUUCCUACACCAGCCUUCUUCCUCUUUCUUAAUGCAACUAUGCCCUUUCCACGCAGACUCGGUAACGCGUUUUAUUUACCUUGUACUCGUACAGUGGCAACUAAUAAAGUCGAGCAGCCUUUUA